AUGGCCAAUAUCACCACGUUGGUGACUAAAUUCAUCCUCAUGGGAUUUUCAGACAAGCGGGAGUUGCAAGUCCUCCAGGCUGUGCUGUUUUUACUCAUCUACUUGACAGCUCUUGUUGGCAACCUGCUCAUCAUUCUUCUUACCACCUUGGACCAGCACCUCCAAAGUCCCAUGUACUUCUUUCUGAAGACACUGUCAUUGUUAGAUCUCUGCUUCAUCUCUGUCACAGUUCCCAAGGCCAUUAUUCAAUCCUUUACCCAGAAUCAUUCCAUAUCAUUCCUGGGGUGUGUGGUACAGGUCUUUUUGGUUGUAUCGUUUGCUUGUACAGAGCUCGGCUUGCUCACAGUGAUGUCCUAUGACAGAUAUGUGGCCAUUUGCUGCCCCCUACAAUAUCAGGUCAUCAUGAAGAAAGGUGCUUGUGAGCAGAUGGUGUUUGCUUCAUGGCUCAGUGGGGUUGUCUCUGGGUUUUUGAAUACAUCUGUGACCUUCUCAUUACAAUUUUGUAGAUCAAAUUUUGUCCAACAGUUCUUCUGUGAGAUCCCCUCAUUACUCAAACUCUCCUGCUCAGAGAAAUACAUUGCUGAGAUUGGAGCCAUAAUUGUGACAACAUCCUUGGGUAUUAUGUGUUUUAUUUCAAUCCUGGUUUCUUAUAUUCACAUCUUCUCCAUGGUUCUGAAGAUACGAUCAGUGGAAGGCCGGUCAAAAGCCUUCUCAACAUGCAUUCCUCAUCUGGUGGUGCUUACUGUUUUCCUCACUACAGGGUCCAGUGCUUACCUAAAGCCUGUGUCGGAGUCCCCUUCUGAAUGGGAUUUGCUGGUGUCUGUCUUCUACACCAUGGUGCCACCAACACUGAAUCCGAUCAUCUACAGUCUGAAAAACAAGGACAUGAAAGCAGCCUUUUGGAAAAUCAUACAAGUA